UGUGGGCGACUCGGCUAAUGGCGUCGGCGAGUCUGGAGGGCUUGGGCGGCCAGCGCCGGAGAUUUUGCCAGGUUGGCUGCUGACGAACUGUGCGGCCGGACCCCGCGGCAGCGGGAGGGACCUGCCCGCCUUGUGGGCUCCUCGGCCAGAGCCGCUGGAGCCUAGCGGGGCGGGGCGACCGGGGCGGGGGGGCGCCUCGGAGAGGAGCCGCGAGAGUUGCGAGAAGGCUGCGGGGGGCGCUCGGGUACGCUGUGGGUUCGUAGUCCAGGCCGGGCCAAGCCCCGCGGAGCCCAGGAGGCGCGCUGAGGAAGGGCCGGAGGUGCUCUGAGGGAGCUGCCGGUCGCCCGAAGGAGCUGACCGUGCUGGAGUUCGUUUGCGCCGCCCAAAUUGGAUUGUAGUUUGGUGGAUCAUGUCCGGCACCAACAGCCCCGAGGCAGUGAAGAAGCUGCUGGAGAACAUGCAGAGCGAUUUACGGGCCUUGUCCCUGGAAUGCAAGAAGAAAUUCCCACCUGUCAAAGAGGCUGCUGAAUCAGGAAUAAUAAAAGUUAAAACAAUAGCUGCACGAAACACCGAAAUUUUGGCAGCUUUGAAAGAGAACAGCUCAGAGGUUGUUCAGCCGUUCCUAAUGGGUUGUGGAACCAAGGAGCCGAAGAUUACUCAGCUGUGUUUGGCCGCCAUUCAGAGACUCAUGUCCCAUGAAGUCGUGUCUGAGACUGCAGCUGGAAAUAUAAUUAAUAUGCUUUGGCAGCUAAUGGAAAACAGUCUUGAAGAACUUAAGCUACUUCAAACAGUUCUUGUUCUUUUAACAACCAAUACGGUAGUUCAUGAUGAGGCACUUUCUAAGGCAAUUGUUCUUUGUUUUCGACUACACUUCACAAAAGAUAAUAUUACAAAUAAUACAGCUGCUGCUACAGUGCGACAAGUUGUUACUGUUGUUUUUGAGAGGAUGGUUGCUGAAGACGAACGGCACCGAGAUAUUAUAGAACAGCCAGUACUGGUCCAAGGAAACAGUAACAGAAGAUGUGUCAGCACCCUCAAACCUUGUGCUAAAGAUGCAUAUAUGCUUUUCCAGGAUCUUUGUCAGUUGGUUAAUGCUGAUGCCCCUUACUGGCUAGUAGGCAUGACAGAAAUGACUCGAACAUUUGGCCUUGAAUUACUUGAGUCAGUCCUGAAUGAUUUUCCACAGGUCUUUUUACAACACCAAGAGUUUAGUUUCCUUCUCAAAGAAAGGGUGUGUCCUCUUGUGAUAAAACUCUUUUCUCCAAAUAUAAAGUUCAGACAAGGUUCCAGCUCUUCAUCUUCUCCAGCACCAGUUGAAAAACCGUAUUUUCCUAUCUGCAUGCGUUUGCUGAGAGUAGUAUCUGUUCUGAUUAAGCAAUUUUACAGUCUUUUGGUAACUGAAUGUGAGAUAUUUCUGUCACUUCUGGUGAAAUUUCUGGAUGCAGAUAAACCACAGUGGCUACGAGCUGUUGCAGUAGAAUCUAUACACAGACUCUGUGUGCAGCCUCAGCUAUUAAGGUCAUUUUGUCAGUCCUAUGAUAUGAAACAGCAUUCUACCAAGGUUUUUCGUGAUAUUGUAAAUGCCCUGGGAUCUUUUAUCCAGUCAUUGUUUCUUGUCCCUCCUACUGGAAAUCCUGCUACAACAAACCAAGCUGGAAAUAAUAACUCAGGGGGCCCUGUCUCAACACCAGCUAACUCAGGAAUGUUGGGGAUUGGUGGAGGUGUUACUUUGCUACCAGCAUUUGAAUAUAGAGGAACUUGGAUACCUAUUCUGACUAUAACAGUACAAGGCAGUGCAAAAGCCACCUACCUGGAGAUGUUGGACAAAGUUGAGCCCCCAACUAUACCAGAAGGUUAUGCUAUGUCUGUGGCAUUCCACUGUUUGCUAGACCUUGUACGUGGAAUCACUAGUAUGAUUGAAGGAGAGUUAGGAGAGGUUGAAACAGAAUGUCAGACUACCACUGAAGCAGCUUCUUCACCAACACAGUCAUCAGAACGGCAAGAAUCACAGUCAACGUCAGACCAAAUGGAUAAGGAAAUAGGUAUAUGUGAUGUAUUUUUAGCUUUUAUUUCUUUCCUUUGUGUUCUAGCAUAUUCCAUUCAGGGCCAGAGUGUUAUGAUGAUAAGUCCAUCAAGUGAAUCUCACCAGCAAGUUGUGGCAGUUGGUCAACCUCUGGCAGUCCAGCCUCAAGGAACAGUAAUGCUCACUUCCAAAAAUAUCCAGUGUAUGAGGACUUUACUUAACUUGGCACACUGCCAUGGAGCUGUUCUUGGAACAUCAUGGCAACUUGUCUUGGCGACCCUACAGCAUCUUGUAUGGAUUCUGGGAUUAAAGCCUAGUAGUGGUGGUGCCUUGAAACCUGGGAGAGCUGUAGAAGGACCCAGUACAGUUCUCACAACAGCAGUGAUGACAGAUUUACCAGUGAUUUCCAAUAUACUUUCAAGAUUGUUUGAAAGCUCACAGUAUCUUGAUGAUGUGUCAUUGCAUCAUUUAAUAAAUGCACUUUGCUCCUUAUCCCUAGAAGCAAUGGAUAUGGCCUAUGGAAAUAAUAAGGAACCAUCUCUUUUUGCUGUUGCCAAAUUGUUAGAAACUGGUCUAGUUAACAUGCACCGAAUAGAAAUUCUUUGGAGACCUCUAACUGGCCAUCUACUUGAGGUGUGCCAGCAUCCAAACUCUCGAAUGAGAGAAUGGGGAGCAGAAGCUUUAACUUCACUUAUUAAAGCAGGAUUAACAUUUAGUCAUGAUCCUCCACUUUCACAAAACCAGAGACUACAGUUGCUUUUAUUGAACCCAUUGAAAGAAAUGUCCAGUAUUAACCAUCCAGAUAUCCGACUUAAGCAAUUAGAAUGUGUGUUACAGAUUCUUCAGAGUCAGGGAGACAGUCUUGGGCCUGGAUGGCCAUUAGUGCUUGGAGUCAUGGGAGCAAUCAGAAAUGAUCAAGGAGAAUCCUUGAUACGAACUGCAUUCCAGUGUCUUCAGUUGGUUGUGACAGAUUUUCUACCAACAAUGCCUUGCACAUGCCUGCAGAUUGUUGUAGAUGUAGCAGGUAGCUUUGGACUUCAUAACCAAGAACUUAAUAUUAGUUUAACUUCAAUAGGUUUAUUGUGGAAUAUUUCAGAUUAUUUUUUCCAAAGAGGGGAAACUAUUGAAAAAGAAUUAAAUAAAGAAGAGGCAGCACAGCAAAAACAGGCAGAAGAAAAAGGAGUGGUUUUAAAUCGGCCCUUCCACCCUGCACCACCGUUUGAUUGCUUGUGGCUGUGUCUUUAUGCAAAAUUGGGUGAACUAUGUGUGGACCCCCGUCCUGCUGUGAGGAAAAGUGCAGGGCAAACUCUGUUUUCAACAAUUGGUGCACAUGGAACUUUGUUACAGCAUUCAACAUGGCAUACUGUUAUUUGGAAGGUUCUCUUUCAUCUAUUGGACCGAGUUCGGGAAUCUUCUACCACUGCAGACAAAGAAAAGAUUGAGUCUGGAGGUGGGAAUAUUCUCAUUCAUCAUUCAAGGGACACAGCAGAGAAGCAGUGGGCAGAGACCUGGGUUUUAACAUUGGCCGGAGUAGCAAGAAUCUUUAACACUAGAAGAUAUUUACUGCAACCUUUAGGAGAUUUUUCAAGAGCAUGGGAUGUUCUUCUUGACCAUAUACAAUCAGCUGCACUCAGCAAAAACAAUGAAGUAUCUCUGGCUGCCCUGAAAAGCUUCCAGGAAAUUUUACAGAUUGUGUCCCCCGUCAGAGACUCAGAUAAGCCCGAGACACCACCUGCAGUUAAUGUACCUGUGCCUGUCCUGCUAGGGUCCCUAUCAGGCCCUGGCCUGAGCAGACCGUUUGUAAGAACAGAUUCCAUUGGAGAGAAACUUGGACGAUACAACAGCUCUGAGCCACCCAUAGUUACUGACGAGCUUGAAGAUUUGAAUCUCUGGUGGGCUGCGUGGAAUACCUGGUAUAGAAUUGGAUCGGAAAGCACUAAGCCUCCUGUUACUUUUGACAAAUUGACUUUCAUCCCCAGCCAGCCUUUCCUUACAGCUUUAACUCAGAUAUUCCCAGCUCUCUACCAGCACAUAAAGGCUGGUUUCAGCAUGGGCGACUUGCAGAAGCUGGGAGUCACACUGCAUAGUGCUGUGUCAGUCCCCAUAAGUUCAGACGCGUCCCCUUUUAUUCUUCCAUCUUAUACUGAAGCAGUUUUGACAAGUUUACAAGAAGCUGUGCUUACAGCUUUAGAUGUUCUCCAGAAGGCCAUCUGUGUAGGGCCAGAAAACAUGCAGAUAAUGUAUCCAGCUAUAUUUGACCAGUUACUGGCAUUUGUGGAAUUUUCCUGUAAACCUCCACAGUAUGGACAGCUGGAAACAAAGCACAUUGCAAAUGCAAAAUAUAAUCAGAUCCAACUAUUUGCACCGGCGGAAUGGGUAGCCUUGAAUUAUGUACCGUUUGCUGAAAGGUCUUUAGAAGUAGUUGUGGAUUUAUACCAAAAAACAGCCUGUCACAAAGCAGUGGUGAAUGAGAAAGUACUCCAGAAUAUUAUUAAGACCCUUAGGGUUCCUCUCAGUUUGAAAUAUUCCUGCCCUUCUGAAAGCACAUGGAAACUAGCAGUAUCUUCUCUCCUCAAAGUUCUUUCUAUUGGGCUACCUGUUGCCCGGCAGCAUGCUUCUUCUGGAAAAUUUGACAGUAUGUGGCCAGAACUAGCCAAUACUUUUGAAGACUUUCUCUUUACUAAAAGCAUACCUCCAGAUAAUCUCUCUAUUCAAGAAUUUCAGAGAAAUGAAAGUAUUGACGUUGAGGUAGUUCAGCUUAUCAGCACUGAGAUACUACCUUAUGCCAAUUUUAUUCCUAAGGAAUUUGUUGGUCAGAUAAUGACUAUGCUUAAUAAGGGCUCAAUACAUUCUCAGUCAUCUUCAUUUACAGAAGCAGAGAUUGAUAUUCGUUUGAGAGAGGAAUUCUCGAAAAUGUGUUUUGAAACAUUGCUCCAGUUUUCCUUCAGUAACAAAGUCACAACACCUCAAGAAGGCUAUAUCUCACGAAUGGCACUCUCAGUACUUUUAAAGAGGUCUCAAGAUGUACUUCAUCGCUAUAUAGAGGAUGAAAGAUUAAGUGGUAAAUGCCCUCUUCCAAGGCAACAAGUAACAGAAAUUAUAUUUGUUUUAAAAGCAGUCAGUACUCUCAUUGAUUCACUUAAGAAAACUCAGCCUGAGAAUGUUGAUGGAAAUACCUGGGCACAAGUGAUUGCUUUAUACCCAACUCUAGUCGAAUGCAUCACCUGCUCGUCUGCAGAAGUCUGCUCUGCACUUAAAGAGGCACUCGUUCCUUUUAAGGAUUUCAUGCAGCCACCAGCAUCCAAAGUUCAAAAUGGAGAAUCUUGACCAGCUAUAAUAAUUUUAAAGAAGAAAGAUUAUCUAAAGACUGUUUGAUCUUCAGUGAGUCUUCUAUGAGAAGGACAUUUCUUACUACCAAUAAUUCUUGGCAGCUGUUGUUCGCCUCCUUUAAAUUGUACUUACCUGAGUUCAGUAAUUCAUAUUACAAGCUUACAUGUCAACAAAGGCUCCUGAGUGAGCAGCGGUGGAAGCCUUUAGUAGGUUAAACUGAUGGAGAGUUAGUUAAUACUGCAACAUACCUGCUACUGUAUCUUCAGUUGGUGAUUUAAAAGUGAGCUUAUGUACAGUUUGUGGUGUAUGUGUUAAUGAUGUACUUUUUAAAAAGAAAGAAAAGAUAUUUCAUUCAGUCAGAUUUAUUAGGCUGGUGUUUUUGCACCCUUUUUCAAGUACAAAUUGUACUAAAAUUUUAUGCAAGAUGGUACUGUAACAUUCCAUAUUAUCUAUAACCAGCCUUUGUAAACAAAGGGAACUGAUAAACGUGUGUAUAAUAAAUGGUACAGUUCUGUAUAAAAUAGUUGCAUUUAUUAUUUAAAUUUUUAAAAUAUUGAUAAUGUUAAAUGCUUGAAGCUGUAUUUAUUAUUAAUACAAAAUUGUUUGCUUUCAUUUUUACUUAUAAUUUGCCUUCUUAAGUGGCAGGUAUGCUUACCAUAUGAUCAUGCAGUUAUCUUUAGUGCUUAUUUUAAAUGUAUUUACUAGUGACUAUUAAACAUCUGACCAGAAAGGUCAUGUGAACACAGCAGCAAAUAGUUUAUGAUUUGCUGAUUUUGCAACUUUGAAGUAUAGUUAUUAGCUUAAUACAUUGGGAUAUAUUGUAGCAUUCUGACUCCGUCAUACCUCAUUUCUUUAAAUAUCUUUCCCAGCUUUCAUGUAAGUCUGUUUUUAUAUUUGGUGUUUGGAUUUUAAAGACUUUUCAUAUUAUAUUUCUACUGAUUUUCUUUUUCUCACUGACUAAGCAUUUAUCACUGUCUUUGAAUUAUGAUCCAGGCAAGAUGAUUCCAGAUUUCCUAAAUUUUGCCUGUGAAGUUUUGUUCAUUUCAGUGCUUCAUUUUGUAAUGUCUUCUCAAGAAAAAAAAUAACUAUGCCAACCCAUAAAUAUAAAAUGUGUGUGUGUUCUAAAACAAUGAGAAGUGUAUUUUUGGAGACAGUGAAGCAUUUAGAAGUACAGUAAACUUUCUGUCAUGGAGUGAAUUGCUAAUUUUGUUUCACUUUUCUAUCUUAGUGAAGAAGAAAAAUGCUCUUGAGUACAUUACUUGUUUCUUAAAAAACUAA